UUAAAGACUGACUUCUGAAGCCGAAUCUAGUUUUCCCGUAACGGACAUCCAGUAAGACGCUCACCACCAUGCAACAGCCUCACGAAAACUCAAACUACACCAAAUCUCGCGCCUCCGGCACUCGGGGGCGGGGCGGGGCGGGGAGCACGCAAUAUCGCGAGAUGACGGCGUUUUCCCGCGGAGGAGAGCGCGCGUUUUUCUCUGGCAGGGGUUCUGGUCAUAAGCCCGAGACUGGCGGCGGCUGUGAGGAUUCAGCGCGCGGUGUUUCAGAAGCUGAGAAGAGCGGACCGCGUUCCGGAGCGUGUGUCCAAUCAUGCCGGCGCAUCGGCCCGCGAGUAGCGGUAAUCUGGUUGAACAACCGGAGACGGCUGUGAUUACCCCAGCCAUGCGAGAAGAGGAAGAACAGCUUGAGGCUGCUGGACUUGAGAGCGAGCGUAAGAUGCUAGAAAGGGCUCGCAUGUCCUGGGAUAGAGAGUCCAUAGACAUUCGGUACCGUAGACUUCAACAUUUGCUUGAAAAAAGUAAUAUCUAUUCCAAAUUUUUAUUGACUAAAAUGGAACAGCAGCAAUUAGAGGAACAGAAGAAGAAAGAGAAAUUGGAGAGAAAAAAGGAAUCUUUAAAAAUUGCUAAGGGUAGAAAUCCUGUUGAUGGAAGUGAGGAAAAUCCAGUUACAAAAAAGAAAAGAGGAAGAGAAGAUGAAUCAUACAAUAUUUCAGAGGUCAUGUCAAAGGAGGAAAUUUUGUCUGUGGCUAAAAAAAAUAGAAAGAAGAAUGAGGAUGAAAGCUCCUCUUCUAAUCUUCAUGUAGAAAAUCUUCAGAAAAACAAAGAUUCAAAUAGUAUAAUUAAAGAUAGAUUGUCCCAAACGGUUAGACAGAAUACUAAAUUCUUCUUUGACCCAGUUCGGAAGUGUAAUGGAGAGCCAGUACCCUUUCAGCAGCCAAAACACUUCACUGGAGGAGUGAUGCGGUGGUACCAGGUGGAGGGCAUGGAAUGGCUUAGGAUGCUUUGGGAAAAUGGAAUUAAUGGCAUUUUAGCAGAUGAAAUGGGAUUGGGAAAAACAGUUCAGUGCAUUGCUACAAUUGCACUGAUGGUUCAGAGAGGAGUACCUGGACCUUUUCUUGUCUGUGGCCCUUUGUCUACACUUCCUAAUUGGAUGGCUGAAUUCCAGCAAUUUACACCAGAGAUUCCUACUAUGUUAUAUCAUGGGACCCAGCAGGAACGUCAAAAUUUGGUGAAGAAUAUUCACAUGCGGAAAGGGACACUGCAGGUUUAUCCUGUGGUAAUCACAUCAUUUGAAAUAGCCAUGAGAGACCGAAAUGCAUUACAGCAUUGCUAUUGGAAAUACUUAAUAGUAGAUGAAGGACACAGGAUUAAGAACAUGAAGUGCCGUCUAAUCAGGGAGUUAAAGCGUUUCAAUGCAGAUAACAAACUUCUUUUGACUGGUACUCCGUUGCAAAACAAUUUAUCAGAACUCUGGUCAUUGCUAAAUUUUUUAUUGCCAGAUGUAUUUGAUGACUUAAAAAGCUUUGAAUCUUGGUUUGAUAUCACUAGGCUUUCUGAAACUGCUGAAGAUAUUAUUGCUAAAGAAAGAGAACAGAAUGUAUUGCACAUGCUACAUCAGAUUCUAACACCUUUUUUACUGAGAAGACUAAAAUCUGAUGUUGCCCUUGAAGUUCCUCCUAAACGAGAAGUAGUUGUUUAUGCACCCCUUUCAAAGAAACAAGAGAUCUUCUAUACAGCCAUCGUGAACCGCACAAUUGCAAACAUGUUUGGGUCCAUUGAGAAAGAAACAGUUGAGCUAAGCCCCACUGGACGACCAAAACGGCGAACUAGAAAGUCAAUAAAUUACAGCCAAACAGAUGAUUUCCCUAAUGAAUUGGAAAAAUUGAUCAGUGAAAUGCAGCCAGAAGUAGAACGAGAAAGAGCUGUUGUGGAAAUGACUAUCCCCAUAGAGUCUGAAGUUAAUCUGAAGCUGCAGAAUAUAAUGAUGCUACUUCGUAAAUGUUGUAAUCAUCCGUAUUUGAUUGAGUACCCCAUAGACCCAGUAACACAGGAGUUUAAGAUUGAUGAAGGAUUGGUAGCAAAUUCUGGGAAAUUCUUAAUUUUGGAUCGAAUGCUGCCAGAACUAAAAGCCAGAGGUCACAAGGUGCUGCUUUUUUCACAAAUGACAAGAAUGUUGGACAUUUUGAUGGAUUACUGCCACUUUAGAGAUUUCAACUUUAGUAGGCUUGAUGGAUCUAUGUCUUACUCGGAGAGAGAAAAAAAUAUGCAUGACUUCAGCACAGAUCCAGAUGUGUUUAUCUUCUUAGUGAGUACACGAGCUGGUGGCCUGGGCAUUAAUUUAACUGCAGCGGAUACAGUUAUCAUUUAUGAUAGUGAUUGGAACCCCCAGUCUGAUCUUCAGGCCCAGGACAGAUGUCAUAGAAUUGGUCAGACAAAGCCAGUUGUUGUGUAUCGUCUUGUCACAGCAAAUACUAUUGAUCAGAAAAUUGUGGAAAGAGCAGCUGCUAAAAGAAAACUGGAGAAGUUGAUCAUCCACAAAAAUCAUUUCAAAGGUGGUCAAUCUGGAUUAAAUCAGUCUAAGAAUUUUUUAGACCCUAAGGAAUUAAUGGAGUUACUAAAAUCCAGAGAUUAUCAAAGGGAAGUUAAAGGAUCAAGAGAGAAAGUCAUUAGUGACAAAGAUUUAGAGUUGCUGCUAGAUCGAAGCGAUCUCAUUGAUCAAAUGAAGGCCUCAGGACCAAUUAAAGAGAAGAUGGGGAUUUUCAAGAUACUAGAAAAUUCUGAAGAUUCCAAUCCUGAAUGCUUGUUUUAAUUUGGAGCUAAAGAAUGAUUUUUUUUAAUUCUUGUUUACAUCUAGUGAUUUACCUGUUUUGGUAUUAAAAUCCAGACUGUCUACUUUAUUUUUUAUUAUUAUUACAUCAGUUUACAUAAUGUAAGUUGUACCAUUGCAUACUUAGUAGAUAGUAAUUUUCUGAACCUUAUUAAGAACAAGGAAAUAUUCAUAGUAAGUUUGGAUUAUCAGUUAAUUUUUCAGACUCAGUAGUACUCUUGGGUACAGGCUAAUGUGUACUUGACCACUGUCAGAUUUAUACAGUCUUCCUGUGGAAGUUUAUAAUGUCUUUUUCCCCCUUUUUAGCAAUAUAGUUCAUGGGUUUUGGGUACUUCAGUUAUGGAGUAGACUUUUGAUGGGGGAAAGAUUAGAAUUAUGCUUUUUGUUCUUUAAAUAAGAAACUGUUUGCUUUUAGGGUCUAUUUCUAGAAAAUAGUUUACCAAAUAAAUGUUUGUCAUAAGAUGAUCUCAUCAAAUUAUUUUUUCAGAAAAGUAAUGACUCAGGUGAAAUAAUAGUAGUGCAGGUCUUGACUGGCAUUGUGAUUCAGCAUUAUAUUGACUUGGUGACAUUCAUUAGUAUUAUACAGUAUGUCACAGAAAGAUUUCAAGUGGAUUUUGGUUAAUGCAGAGAAGGCUGGAAGAAACUAGGGUCUUGACAAUUGACCAGAAAUUGACAGUAACAGAAGUAAAAAAGGAAGAGCAUGAGAAGCUACCCUGAAAAUAUAUAGUAGAAGGGUAUAAAUAACACCAGAGAGAAAGCAAGAUCUAGGAAUAUAAAUAAUGCAAAAACCAUAAUAAGAGGAUAAAAGCCAAAAAGGAAUGUAUUAGGCUGUUUAAUUAUAUCAGACGAUGAGCAAGAGAAACACUGAAUGUUCCCUGAACAUUUCUGUGUAAGGUGGUUCAUCUCAUGGAAAAAUAAUGUUAUUCUUGCCACGUAUAUUCAAAUGUAGGUCAGAUUAUCUCCAUCUGAGGGUAAUGGAACUAGGACUCAGAAGAAAAAUAUUUUCAGAGAAUAUUCAGUCUAAGAAAAACAGGGUUUUUUGGUUAGUUGUUUUAAAGAGAACUAUAUACCAGUCACAGAAUCAUACUGACUAAUCAUUGUAGUCUUAGUUGCCUAGUAGUUGUACUGUUUUCCUAGUCUGUUCUUUUUCAUUUUCCCAAAUGACUAUUUCAUUGGUUCACCUGUGUCCUCACACCUCUAAUACCUCCUUCUCUCUCACCUUGUUCCCUGUUGGCACUGAGAGAAUAGAAGCAAUCAGAAAAGAAUUUCUGUAAGUUGCCACCUCUGCAUCUAUAAACUUCCAACAUCCAUUCCCAGUAUCCUCCUUUCCUGUUACUGGAUAUAUUGUCCUGACUAGAGCUAAGAGAAAUGCCUCGUUUCUUGAUUUUUUAGCAAACUCCUUGAAAAGUUGUCUGUAUUUGCUUUUUUGUUGCUCCUCUUCCACCUUUUUCCUGAAUCAUAGAAAGAUUCUCAUCUGUCAUUGUCACUUUUACUCCAUUGAAACUGCUUUAUAUUGACAGCCUCCAGUGACUUCUGUGGCCUCAUUUUACUUACCUUCUGCAGCAUUUACUAUAGUUAUUUAAUAUUCACCACUAAAUAGUUUCUUUCGUUGGCUGGCUUUUUAGCAAACACAUUUGCCUGGUUUUCCCUUCUACUUCUCUGGUGGCUGUCUCCCUUGCUAUUUGUUACGUCUUUGACCCUGAAACAUUAGAAUGUCCCUAGCAGGGCUUGGAGCUUCCCUUUUGGUCUUCUCGUUGCUUUCGAUACCAACUAUGUGGUGAUGAUUCAGGUUUAUACCUCCAGCCAGCAUCUUUCCUUCUCCUGAACUCACAUCCAGCUGACUACUUGACAUUUUUAGUUAAUUGCCUGAUAACUCAACCGUACAAAUCUGAAUUUAGGAACUUUUUAACCUGUUGAGACUAUUCCCACCCAUGCAUCUAUUUUUCAGCUUCCGAAAUCUUGUGUUGUCACCUCUUCUGUUCUCUUGUUCUUGGGGUUUAAUGCCUCUUUCAUCCAUUUAUUUUAGUUACAGAUUUUAGUAAGGAUCAGAAGGAGACAGUUCUUUCUCAUCUAUGAUACUGAAAUCAAUGGUCCCUGCUCAUCUUUUAUAAAAAAAGUAUUCUCAAGCAAUGAGUUGCCGUGAAAGAUACUUCAUUAGCCUUACUUGUUCAGUGAGUCAUUCAUUCCAUGUUACUAGGCAGUUUCUGAAUGUGCUGAGAGGUUUAAUGAAAGUGGUCCUGGAACAUUUCCAAGCAAACGUGUUUGACAGAAUCUUUCACUAAUGUAAUGUCUUAGCAUUUGUAUAUGAUUUUUUUAGUUUUAGCAGUUUGAGGUAGCACUUUAUGAGAAUCCUGAUGAGGACUAAUACUUACAUUCAAACAUUAAGUGAGUGCUUUUGUUGGUUUUAAAUUCCAUACUCUUUCAAAGAAUUGCUUUGAUACUGAGCUGCUUUUUAAAGUUAAUGCAAGUUAAGUAUUUAUGAUCCUGUUUGUUGUAUUAGCCAGUACCUCUCCAAAGAUAACAUACUGUGUUUUCUAGUACUUAACUAUCAAUUACGGUUAGAAAAUUAAGCCCAAGGAAUCAUACUUUCUAGUAAAAUUUAGGAGAUAUUUUUUGGUCUUAAUUUCUUUGGAAUUACUUAUUGUCAUCUUAGUUUACUAGUGCUGCUAUUGCAUUCAGAGAUGUAGCUUGUUGGAAUCUAUAAUGCGUGUCUCCAGCAUAAAAGUAUACAUCCCUAAUUUACCUAAUAAUAAUACUUUUCAAACAGAUUUGGUUAAAAAUUAAAAUGCUUUUUAAAGUAAUUUCUAACAAGUUUUUACGUUCUCAGAAUUUGAUACGUUUUUGACUUACAGUUGGCAAACUAAGCUUAAAAUACCCCAUGUUGAAAUGUAGUCUUACUGUGAAUGACAGAACAUGAGUUCAACAAAAAUGCCAACCAAGUGGCAACCAGACACAAUAAAGAUGCUUUUUCUUCAGAUGUUAAUUGGUACCAACAUAAUUUGAAAGUAGGGACACAAAUACAGGUGGCUGCACUUGAUUGUAUGUAAUGUGGUUGGUUAUUCACAUGAUGUAGAAUGUGCUUAUAUACAAGUUUCAGAUGAUGAAAAUGAAAAUUCAUGUUUUAAAACUCAAAUUGCUGAGUUACGUCCACAGGUUCCAGUUUGAGAAAUGCAGCCCAAAAGGAUAAAUAACUUGUCCUUAAGUUUUCCUCAUCUCCUUUUAUAAACCUCUGUCCCCUCUAACCAGAUCAGUCUACAGAUAACCCCCAAAUCACAUCUCUGAGUCUUUAUUUCUGGGACUUUGAGUCUUAGUACCUUUUAGGUUCCUCUGCAUCCUUCACUCACUCGCUUAAAUAUCACCAAGUGAAGAGGUUAUCUUUGACAGUGAGGGGUUAUGUGAGCUGUUUUUUUGUAAGGUAUUCCAAAACAUUCAUAAAAUAAUGUAUGCCUGCCUUUUUAAUGCUCCGUACUCUUCACCAUCCACCCAAAUAAGUAUGGUAAGAUGAACAUCUCAUUUAUUUUUUAGCUUUAAAAGGUUACUUAAAUAUCAAAAUGUCAUAGUUAUUACAGAAAUGGCAAAUUUCUUAUACUUAAUUUUACUGAGUUACAACAAUAUGAGUACAGAAAUCUUGAGUGCUCAGUUUGGAUUUAAGUACAUAGCAUUCCGAUGUGUGACUAUCAUCCGGUGUCCAGCAUCUUAGAAGGCUCUCUGCCCUUCUGAUUAUUGCCUGUCAUAUCCAUCUUUUGUGCCUACUCUUCCUGAAUUCUUUUGUGUAAUUCCUCUCGUAGUAAAUGUACUGCUGUAUAUUGUUUCUGCAGUCUAGGACUCUAGAUUGGAGAGAUCGAAGUGAGGAACUUUUCGAAGUCAGCAGGCAAGAGUGAAGAGAUAGGAAAUUUUUUUUAAAGUCUCAGCAAUUUGAUGCAUCGACUUAAAAGUGCCAACAUUGGGGUAAUGGUCCCAGAAAUAGAGAAAGAAAAUGGGGCAAAAUACUUGAAAAGGAAUACCUACAAAGGAGUAAAGAGUCAUAUGGACUUUAAACUUAAAUGUGGUUCGCGAGGAUAGAAUAAUUUUAAAGGAAAUGGGCUGUAACCUGCAGUGUUAAAUCCAGACAAACUUUCAAAUAGUAGAACAAAAAUAUUCUCAUGCAUGAAAAGCGUCAAUGUUUACCAUAUAUAGACUCACGUUGAAAAUCUCAGUGAAAGUCCUCAGAAGACACAAACCUAGGAGAUACUGAAAGAGAAGAAAUAAGGAAAAAAGUCAGGAAAGAUUGGAAGGGAAAUAAGUAUGAACCAAAAGAAAGCUGGAGUAGCAGGUCAAUUGACAAAAUGAAGUUUAAGGCAAAGAUUUCUACAGCAAGGGAUACUAUAAUGGGAAUGCAACAACUGUAACAUACUGACAAUUACAGUGGGAGAUUUUAUUCUCCUGUGUAAGACCAAGUAGGCAAAAUAAGAUACCUGAAAGUUGAACAAAAUAAGCUUGAACUAUUUGAUAGGAAGUUUAUGCCCAGUAAUUAGGGAAAAUGCUUUGCAAGUCUAUAGGACAUCUAUCUAUAACAUGUUGUGUAACAGGCUGAAGAGAAGGCUUUGAUUAUUUUCAAAGGAUCAGUAGCAGAAAGACUUUGUGUACUGCCCGUAAUGGAAUAAUAUUAAAGAUAAAAGAUUUAAUGAUUGAAAAUAUGUAUUUAACAAUUAUUAAAAAUUGUCAAAAUA